AUGGAAGAACCAGUGCUCGAUAAAUUGCCGUCUUUAUGCCAUACUCCAAAGGAUUGUGGAACAGCAGCUUUACAGGGCACUAGUUCAAGGAAGCAGCCCAUGAGUGCAGCUUUGAGGGAGCGAUUAAGGAAAACCAGACGUUCGUUCAAUGCUAAUUUUUCGGUGGCAAAGCGGCUCAAAAUAGACACUGAAGAAAAAGACUGCGCUGAUGCUGACAGAGGGUGCCAGCCAAAGACAAGUACAGAUUGUUCCACGUUGCAAAAUGGUUCUGAAAACUUGGAAAGCAACAGCACUGGACAUACAUGUUUCAAAAGUCCCCUACAGCCAAGUGGUCUCUGUGGAUCAGCAGAGAAUUCUGAUGUUUUAGAGGUUGAUCUUAGUCAGCAACAACCCCUGGAACAAAAAGUAAGGCUGGUGAAACAAGUGCAAGAGAAAGAAGAACUGCUUCGAAGGCUCAGACUGGUUAAGAUGUAUCGAUCUAAGAACAACUUGUCUGAACUGCAGGCUUUGAUUGUGAAAUGGAGAAGCAGCGCCCAGUUGAUGUUGUAUGAACUACAGUCUGCCUUUUCUGCAGAUGGCAAGAAAGUGAGUCUCACCCAGCUCAUGGAUACUUUUGGAUUAGAAGACCAGUUAUUGCACUACAGCAGAGCAGAGGAAGAUUUUGUAGAUGCAUAAUCUACAAGUGCAAAGCUUUCAAUUACACACAUGCAGAAGCAGGAAAGAGUGGAUGAAUGCUGAUCACAUAGGAAGUGUUGAUUUUAUGCUUUGAGG